CUUAAUUAUAUAACCACCCUCUUCAUGCUCCCUAAACCUUCAAAAUCAUCCCAUCCCACAGACAAAGAGGGAGAGAUGGGUUUGAAGGUAGAGCAAGCUCUUCACAUGGUCGGAGGCACCGGAGAAACUAGCUACGCCACCAAUUCGAGAAUACAAGAAAAGGCGAUCCAUCAAACCAAGUCUAUGUUAGCUACUGCAAUGGAAGAAACGUACAAGGCUUUACACCCUGAUCAGAUGGUUGUUGUCGACCUCGGCUGCUCUUCUGGCCCAAACACAUUACUCGUGCUCUCUCAUGUUCUUAGUGUGGCAGCCAAACUCCCUACCACGAUGGAGUUGCAAUUCUUCUUAAAUGACCUCCCGGGGAAUGACUUUAACAGUCUCUUCCUAUCCUUGGAGGGAUUCAAGAAGAGGUUGGAGAGGGAGAUUAAAGGGAAUUUACUCGUACCGUAUUAUGUAGCUGGAGUGGCAGGAUCAUUCUAUGGGAGACUUUUUCCUCGUGCGAGUGUUCAUUUGUUUUACUCUUCCUUCUGUCUAAUGUGGCUCUCCCAGGUUCCCGAAGGACUAAAGACUGAAAACGGUGGUCCACUAAACAAAGGAAAUAUUUAUUGGACAGAGACAAGUUUGGUCGAAGUAGAGAAAGCAUAUCGAGAGCAAUUUCAAAAAGAUUUUUCAAUAUUUCUUAGGUCACGUCACACGGAAUUGAAUGUUGGCGGGAGGAUGGUGUUGGUAUUUCUCGGACGAAGAAACAGAACCCCAGGGAAUGGUGACUUAAUCCAUGUUUAUGGAUUGCUAGGAGAAGCUCUUAACUCGAUGGUCCUAGAGGGAAUUAUUCCAGAAGAAAAGGUUGAUACUUUCAAUUUGCCGAGUUAUGGGGCUUCUUUCGAAGAGGUGGAGUCGGUGAUUCGUAACGAAGGGUUGUUUGAUUUGGAUCGAGCAGAGAUCUUUGAUUCUAGUUGGGACCCAUUUGAUGACUCCAAAGAUGAUCUCUAUACUAUAUCAAAUCACACCAGAAGUGGGAAAAAUGUGGCGAAUUACAUUCGCGCAGUAGUUGAGCCGUUAAUUGUCCAUCAGUUCGGGGCUGCCAUACUUGACGAUCUAUUUGAGCGAUACGCAGAUCGUGUUUCAAAGCACUUGCUCAAAGAGAAGGUCAAUUACAACAUUCUAAUCUUCGCCUUGAAGAAGAAAGUUUAAAAGUGAACCAGAGAAAUUAAGGGAACAAUAUUUUUAUAUCAUAAUAAGAAUUUAUAUGCAUAAAUAUAAAUAUAAAUGGUGGUUAUUAGUAUGUAUUCCUAUAUAUAAAUAAAAUAAUAAUUAUUAUAUACAUGAGCAUUCUAAAUAACUAAUUAGUAAGUUAUAA